UUACAUCGAUAUCGGGGGCCGAUAACAGCCUGCGUUGAUUUUUUAAAGUUUUUACCUUUUUAUUUCACAAUUGUAAGCAGUUGGCAAACUUUGGGACUGCGAAAUGGAGAAUUUCCUGCGGGGCACGUUGUCCAAAUGUCUGGACUGUGUAAUCACGGAUCAGAUGUUGGCGGCCAUACUGAACAUCAAAGACGACUAUGAAUUCGACAACUACUUUGGCAAUUUACUGAGCGAGGACAACGAGGAGCACCGCAUGUUUCUUGUAAACUGUCGCCGGAUGCUACUGAGUGGCAAACAGCCGCGGAACAAUGGAAAAUAUCUCUCGCCCCCUCUGGCACCCACAUCACCCAAUUGUCCCAAGCAAAAUAUCAGCAAGGGUGCCAAGGGCAAGUCAGGGAAACACGUGAAUCUGUACGCCAGCGAUGGUCGCGUCCAGGGCGACACCAUAAUUCUUAAGGGUCGGCGGCAUUGCGAUUGCCAGGCGGGCCAGCACAAGUUGAUCAACAAUUGCCUGGGCUGCGGCCGGAUCGUGUGCGAGCAGGAGGGAAGCGGCCCUUGCUUGAGCUGCGGCGAUCCCGUGCGCACGCCCGAGGAGGAGCAGCAGCUGGCCAAGGCGGCCAGGGAGAAGGGCGGCACGAAGAGCGCCGCCAAGCAGGGCAAAAAAUCCACCAAGGAACUGUCCACGCAGGCGCUGGACAAGGCCUUGGCCCAAAGGGAUCGUCUGCUGGAGUACGACAAGAACAGCGAGAAGAGGACCACAGUUAUCGACGAUGAGCUGGACUACUUUCAGGAGAACUCCGUGUGGCUGAGCGACGCUGAGCGCGAAAAGUUUGAGAAACUGCACCGAGAAAUGGAGGAGGUAAAGCACGGCAGUCGCAUGAAGCGGAAGAUCCGGGUGGACUUCGCUGGCCGAGAGUUGCCGGAGGAACCGACCAUCUCCAAAGAGUACGAGCAGCAGGUGAUCAGCGAACUAGCAGCCGUUUCUAAAGCCUCGGGUGUUGGAUCCAACUGGAGUGCAUCCUCGGUCACCGGCCACUCCGCCUUGACACUGGCACCACAUUUGAACAUGACCAAGCCGCCGGUCUACAAGCCCAGUAAGGAAUCCAAGAGUUGGCCAGCUCCUGCAGCAGGCAGCGAUUGGCUGGAGAGGACCUACAAUCGGGUGCAGGACAAGGAGCUGCUGGAAAUGCAGGACAUGCGCCAGUGUCUGUCGAUGCAUCAGCCCUGGGCUUCGCUUCUAGUGGCGGGCAUUAAGAAACACGAGGGUCGAGUGUGGUACAGCGAGCACCGUGGUAGACUGUGGAUCGCCUCCACUUCCAAGGAGCCGCACGCCGAAGACAUUGCGCAAAUGGAGGGCUUUUACAAGGUGCUCUACGGCGAUCCCGACAUUAAGUUUCCAAGUCAUUAUCCCACAAGCAGUCUGCUAGGCUGCGUCCACGUGGACAGUUGUCUGCCGCAAGAGGAGUACCGAGAGCUAUAUCCCAACGGAGAAUCGGAGAGUCCUUAUGUCUUUGUCUGCACCAAGCCGGAGCAGCUGAAUAUUCUACUGCCCGUCCACGGCGAUCACAAGAUAUACGAGCUGCCACUGAAAACUCACACGGCCGCCUGCAAAACGCUUCUAAGGGCUCGGGCCAACAAGGGUUAAGGUUGGGAUUCAGUUUCAAAACACAUUCUUAUUAGUUUAAUGCCUGUAUGAAAACAGCCCUAUUUUGAUGAUUUGCUAAUUUACAUUUGAAGCUCCUAGAGUUUCUGAGAAAUUAAAGUGGAUUGGAAUAUUUUAAACAUCUUGUAAUAUUGGAAAAUAUCAUGCAAUACAAUACGAAUUAAAUAUUGAAUUUUUUAAAUAUUAAAGUAGUAAAAAUAUCGUGUAAAACUAUAAUUUAGCAAAAGAAAUUAAUGUAAU